UGAAGAUAUGGAUAAUAAAAAAUAUAAAGAAGUUUUACUUAAAAUUGCAAACAAUUUGUUGGAUAAAGAUGUUAAAGCCAUUAAGUUUUAUUAUUCACAACAAAUUGGCUACAGUCGUUUAGAAAAUAUUGAAUCUCCUAUUGAAUUAAUUCAAACUUUAGAACACCGUAUGCUUCUAGGGAUUGAUAGCUAUGAUGCUUUUGUCGAGGUACUUGAAAUAAUUGGAAGAAAUGAUCUGAUAAAAUGUUUUUCUGAAACUUCAAAUUUACCAGAAAGUUCUACUAGAUUUUCUACCAACAAAGAUAUAUCUGAGAUAUGCAUAGCCCUCAAGAGUUAUUAUCUUACAAAUUAUCAAAAAAUCAAUGAAAUUCAACCACCAUUAAAAUCAGCUGCAAAUGUUGAUUUAAUGCAUAAAUUUGUUGAUCUAUGUAUCAUUGAUGCAGUUAAUACUCAAAUAGAUGCUGUUUAUGGUGUUGAACGAAUAGAAUUUCUUGAAAAGCAAUUGCGUUAUACACCAAUUCCAUAUAGCGAAAUAUUUAUGAAAGAAAAAUCUGUAACUUUAAUAUCUGGAAUAGCUGGUAUUGGGAAAACAUGGUUGCUAAGAAAAUGUUUGCUUGAUUGGUCAAACGAUUUAAUUUGGAAAAACGUUAAACUUAUAUUUUAUUUGGAAUGCAGAAGGCUAAAUCGAUAUCAAAAUAUUUCUAAUAUUAAUGAAUUACUAAACGUUUUCUAUCAUGAUAUUAUCAAUGAUUUUAAUAUUAGUAAUCAUACUGCACUAUUUAUAAUAGAUGGAUUAGAUGAGUUUAAAUAUUUAAAUGAAUUAAUAAAUCCAAGUUCGAGUCAGAACUAUCCAAUUGUUAAUGCUUUAACAGAAAUUCAAAAGUACAAAUAUGUAGUUGCUGGUAGAGUUUAUGCAAUUGAUCUAUACCAAAGUAUAUUAACAGAGCAAAUGGAUAAGUUAACCAUUCAAAUAAUGGGAUUUAAUGAAAAUGGAAUAAAUAGUUUCAUAGAAAAUAAUGUUUUAGAGGAAAAAAAAGAUAUUGUUAAAGCAACUUUAAAGGAAUCUUCGAUUGCAAAAUCCAUGUCAUCUGUUCCAUUUUAUUUAUCUUCCAUGUGUAAGAUUAUUAGUGACUCAAAAAAUGUAGAUAAAAGUUCUUUUUUAACAAUGACAGAUUUAUAUGCAAAUAUUUUUUUAUACUUUUUGCAAAAACAUAUCAUCAAAAACAAUGAAUUGAUUUAUCAGAUAAUGGAAAAUGAUUUCAAUAAAAAAUAUGUUUUAAAUAUUUGUAAAAUUGCAUAUCAAUUAUUUGUUGAAAAUAAAGUAAUUUUUUCCAAAGAAGAUUUUCAAACUUUUGUGAUCGACUUUGAUAAAAAUGAAGACACUUUUUUUGGAUUUAUAGAAAGGAUUGAAACGAAUCUAGGUUUAUAUUAUCAAUUUGCACAUCUGACAAUAAUGGAGUUUUGUGCAUCUGUUUAUGCAUAUAAUUGUUUAAGUAGUGGAGAAAUUAUGGCUGAAAAAAGAUUGAAGAGUUGCUUAUCAAUGAUUUGUGGAUUAACAAAUAAAAGCCAAAAUAGUUUAAUAAAGUUUCUUGUUAACCUGAAUCCUACAAAACAAUCUUCUGAAAAAUCUUCAUUUUUAUUUUCUAUUCUAGAUCGUCUACUUAAAUUAUCUCGUGAAAGUGAAAACGAAUCUCAGCUUAAAGUUCAACAUGAAUAUUAUUACAUUAAAUUAUUCGUUGAAUGUUUUUAUGAAAGUCAAUCACUAAUUGGAGAAUUAAAAACAAUUGUCGAUGGACGAGAGUGGGCGAUUUCGAUUCACGAUGGAAAAACUUCUUACAAAACUUCUUGUGAUAACUAUUUCGUUAAUCAUUACAUAAAAUCUGGAAGUAAGUUAUCUUGGUUAAUCGUUCAUAAAAAAAUUUUAAGUGAUGAAGAAAAAAAUCUUUUAAUUCAAUGCUCAUCAAAUGUUCGCGAUGUCACAUUUAAGUGUCCAAUUAAAUUAGAAGGAUGGAAACCGAAAGAUAAGAUUCAAGUGUUGAGGAUAAACAUCUCAGAUGAUUUAAUAACAAAAAAAGAUUUUGAAGAAAAUUUUCUUCCAUGGAUUAAUCUUUGUGAAGUAUUAACUCUUUCGCUUCACGAUGACAUCAAUUUCAUUGAAGAAAUUUGUGAAUGGAUCAGCUGUUUGAAUCUCAAGAAUUUGUCAAUCAUCUACCGUGAAAAGUAUUUUCGUAACCUUGAUGAAUUAAAAAAUAUUAAGAUGCGAAAAAAAUGUUUAAUUUCUUAAAUAAAAUAUAAACAGCAAUUGAUAAAUAAUAAAUGAAAUAUUUAAUGUAUCUAAUAUAUAUU